UUUGAUUGGUGCAUUCGGUUACUCCUACAAAGGAAGUACAAGGCCAUACGUCAGUCCGCCCCGUGGCCUCCGCUCAACGUCACUGGUUUGUGCAACACGUUCCUCUCGGCUUUGACAGCAGAAGCGCCAUGUCACUUCGCGUGAUUAUUCGUCAACUUAAAAAUCCUCUUAGAGACACUUUUAGGAGCCAGAAUGUCAGUUCUAUCGCGCACGCGAGGUCGGUGCUGGAGGGCGAACUGGAGACGAUCCGCGCUGCAGGGACCUGGAAAGGGGAAAGAGUCAUAACGUCCAGUCAGGGACCGCAUAUCAACGUGGAGGGCAGUCGUGGCGAUAUAUUGAACUUUUGUGCCAAUAACUACCUGGGUCUGUCCAGUCAUCCAGAGGUUAUUAAGGCUGGAAUUGAAGCACUGCAGAAAUACGGAGCUGGUUUGAGUUCAGUCAGGUUCAUCUGCGGGACACAGGAUCUUCACAAGCACUUAGAGAAGAAGAUAGCCGAGUUUCAUGAAAGAGAAGACUGCAUCCUGUAUGCAAGCUGCUUUGAUGCCAAUGCUGGUCUCUUUGAGGUUCUCCUGGGCCCAGAUGAUGCUGUGUUAUCUGAUGAACUAAACCAUGCUUCAAUCAUUGACGGAAUUAGAUUGUGUCGGGCACAAAGGUUUCGUUACAAGCACAUGAACCUGGAUGAUCUGGAGGAAAAACUGAAAGAAUCCCAGUCCUGCCGGCUUAGGCUGGUGGUAACUGAUGGAGUUUUCUCUAUGGAUGGUGACGUGGCUCCUUUGGUGGGUAUCUGUGAUCUUGCUGAGCAGUAUGGAGCGUUGGUCUUUAUUGACGAAUGCCAUGCAACAGGAUUCUUGGGUCUUCGUGGCCGAGGUACUGAUGAGCUGCUGGGGGUGAUGGACAGAGUGCACAUAGUGAACUCCACUUUGGGAAAAGCUCUUGGAGGGGCAGCAGGUGGUUACACAGUUGGACCAAAACCUUUAAUCGACCUACUCAGGCAGCGCUCUCGUCCUUACCUUUUUUCCAACUCUCUCCCACCUCCAGUGGUGGGCUCUGCCACUCGUGCAGUGGAACUACUAAUGGCAUCCAAUGAAAUUGCACAGAGCAUGGCCUCCAAAACCAUGAGGUUCAGAAACAGUAUGACACAGGCAGGGUUCACCAUCGCAGGCACAGCUCAUCCAAUCUGCCCUGUGAUGCUGGGAGAUGCUCGCUUGGCUUCCAACAUGGCUGAUGACAUGCUGAAACUUGGAGUGUAUGUGAUUGGAUUCUCCUACCCUGUGGUUCCCAAAGGAAAAGCUCGUAUCCGGGUCCAGAUCUCAGCCGCACACACCGAGUCAGACAUUGAUCGUGCUGUAGAUGCCUUUAUACAGACUGGCCGAAAGCAUGGCGUCAUAUCAUAGAGUUUGUGCUCAACUAUUAGUAUAACUGGAUGCCUUUAACAGAAUUACUUGUAGAAAAAGCAGCUCUAAGGAAAUGGACUGUUACAAUGAGAUGUGAUAUUAGCUUAGCAAUUCUGCUGAGAUGCAUAGUGUGAAAUUUUGAGUUUGCAAUAAUAAAUGCUUUUCUCAAUAUUA